AUGCACCAAAGAAUUCACAUAGGGGAGAAGCCUUUACAAUGCUCAGUGUGUGGAAAGGGAUUCAAUGUGAUGGGCCGUCUUCAGAGCCACCAAAGAACCCACACAGAGGAGAAACCCUUCGAAUGUUCAGUGUGUGGAAAGAAAUUUGGUGACAGGGAGAAUCUUCAAGCGCAUCAGAGAACCCACACAGGAGAGAAAUCUUUUGAAUGCUCAUUGUGUAGAAGGAGAUUCAGCCAUAGUAAGAGUCUUCGGGCACAUCAAAGAAACCACACAGGGGAGAAACCUUUUGAAUGCUCAGUGUGUGGAAAGAGAUUUAGUCAGAGUGGCCAUCUUCAACGGCAUCAGAGAACUCACACAGGGGAGAAACCUUUUGAAUGUUCUGUGUGUGGAAAGAGAUUUGGUCAGAGCAGCCAUCUUCAAGAACAUCUGAAAACCCACACAGGGGAGAAACCUUUUGAAUGCUCCGUGUGUGGGAAGAGAUUUAUUCGCACUGGAGAGCUUCACUAUCAUCAGAGAACCCACACAGGAGAGAAACCUUUUGAAUGCUCAGAGUGUGGAAAGAGAUUUAGUCAGAGUAGCCAUCUUCAGUGUCAUCAGAGAACCCACACGGGGGAGAAACUGUUUGAAUGCUCAGACUGUAGAAAGAGAUUCAGAACAAAGGGGAAUCUUCAAGUGCAUCAAAGAAUGCACACAGGGGAGAAACCUUUUGAAUGCUUAGAAUGUGGAAAGAAA